AUGCAUUAUCCACCUAGCACUCACCUCGUGGAUGGAGAUGGCGACGUUGUCAUGGCUGAUGAACACCCUGACGGAGACGCGAAACCGUACCAGAACGCCCGCCGUCAAAGCUUUGCACAUCGACAGGAAAAUCUUCCACAGGGUUUUCCGGAGGGAAGCUCUGUUUGGACCGAAGCAGUUUACCGAUUCGCGCCGCGCUGGGAGCACGACGCGAUGCUCCCGGGAAACGGUAAACCGUCUUUCGCAAACUCGGCUUCGGCUGGCUCAAAUGUGUUUGGAAGUAUGCGACAUCUGCCGCCUCCCCAACCGAGGGCGGUAGCUACUGGACAGACAUUUCAACCGGUUCAACCAGAGCAAAACAAUCGAUCCAUCUAUUCUCGACCAAACCCACCGAGUCCGACCUCGAUCAGCACAACGACGGGAGAGGCAACACCGUCACCAUCACUUCCGCCGCUAUCCUCCGUCCUUCCCAGUCUCGCAUACAUGGAUUUAGUCGGACGUCCCCACUUUCCCUCGCAGGGACAGUCAUCGCCCGGCUCCGGCAUGGCUGGUCAACCACCAUCAACAUCAUCUUCUCUCGAAGAAGGUCUUUUGCAGCCACUACCCGGCUUCGGCGAAUCGGCUCGGCGUUCUGAGUCACCACCCCUGAGGAAGACACAUGACUCAUCUGGCGAAGCAACCGUGAUCAAACUGGCUGCAUUUUCAACAUUUCACCGCGAGUUGUCCCCUGGAAUACGUGAUGCAGGCCCACCGUUUCGAGAUAUGCGCAACCUGGGACAAUUUCCGAUUCCAAAUAUGGGUUCUCCCAACACCAACAUCAUGGAAGAUCAAGAACAGCCACCACCAACACCACGACCUCGACAUCGCCGUCGCAUGUCUCGUCCACCCAUCCCCCGGGUUCGAUGCAAUGCGUGCAUGGAAGAAUUCAAAGUGGACGACUUGCUGAAUCUUGCCUGCGCCUGUCGUUAUUGUACACCGUGUCUGAACCUCGCAUUCCGAGCCGGCUGUGCCAAUAUGGCCUCAUUCCCUCCAAAAUGCUGUGGGAAACCAUUGCGAAUCUCUGUCUGGGGCAGUAUACUUGACGCCGAUGUCCUGGAUCGGUACAAAGAGAUCGAGGUGGAGUUCGGCGCCAAUCGCCCUCUAUAUUGCGCUUCACUGACCUGCUCUGCGUUUAUUCCUGACCAUGAACAUAUUCUUCUACACGACGUCGCAGCAUGUCCGCGGUGUCAGAAAGUGACGUGUAAACGGUGCCGAAAAUUAAUGGACACACAUACCCACUGGGAUGCCAAGGAGCGUGUUUGCCCUGAGGACGACGCGGAUUUGAUGGCUCUGUUCGCACUCGGAAACGAGAAGAAAUGGAAACAAUGCCCGACUUGUUUGAACAUGGUGGAACGCAUCGAAGGGUGUAAUCAUAUGGAUUGUAUCUGUGGGGUGGAGUUUUGCUAUCGAUGCGGAGAGCUUUUCGACGAAGACGAUUCGUGCGAAUGUGACCCGAAUAAUUGGGAGGGUGAUGACGAUGACGAUGUUGACGACGCGAGAGAAGAUGGCGGCGGAGACAAUACACAUGAUGGUGAAGAUAGUGAGGAAGAUGAGUGGCCCAAUUUCCGUCUCGCGGUCGAUGCUCUGGGUAGACCUGCGUGUUUCCACUGGGAAACGGAUUCAAUAGGAAGUGAGGCUCAAUUUCCGUGUCAUGGAUGCUUGAGAUCUCGACCGUUACAAAGUUGCACGUCUUGUGCAGUUGAGCUUUGCGAAAGUUGUCUGGACAGCGUUCAAAGCAGGGGAAGAUCGAGAGACGGAGUCGACGAAGACGAUGGUAACGCCGACCUAUGGGUUAGCCCUUCGAACGGUGAUGACUAA